AAUGGUUAUUUUAAAUUACUGAGAAUAAAAUUAAUUAUGUUUUAAUGGUAUAAAGUACUCACUAGUAUGAAGGUGCCUUUUCAUGCUGACGCUCGACGCUCAUUUUCGCGUCAAAAUAAGUCACGUGAUACAAAUUGACGAAUAUCAAGCAUCAAUUUUGAUCACGUGACCUGAUUGGUCGCGUUCAGCAGACUCAACUGUUGCGGAGCGGAUCAGUACGCGCUCGCUGCUGUUGGAUGAUCUAGAAUAUUCUAAAAGAAUACACUAAUAGCAACGAGCGUUCACGGAUUCGCUUCGCAACAGUUGGAGAGUCUGCUGAACGCGAUCAUUUUGACGGUAAAAAUGAGGAUCGAGCGUCAGCAUGAAAAUAAGGGCACUUUCAUACUAGAGUUCAAGGAGAAUCUGACAGAAUAAUUACAAUGGAAGAUGUAAUACAAACGACAGAGUACGAUUCGAUUAAAGAUGACGAUUCUCUAUACGUCGCUUCAAAAUGUUGGAAACGCGUUAUGGAUACUGCUAAUAAAACUGGCUACAGAGAAGGGAUACAAGAUGGAGCAGACUCUGUGUUGCAAGAGGGAUUCGACAUUGGUUACAAAGAUGGUUUCGAGACUGCUUUCACUUUGGGAAGGUACAAGGGUCUGGCUGCCGCUUCAACGUUCACAUUAGAACAUCCCACAGACGUGGCAGCUGUUCUCAAAAGAACUAGACGCGGUGCGUGCUGGAUAUGCAAGGUGGAAUCGCAAAAUAAAACUUCCAAUUCGCAUGAGCAAGCUCCAUUCUCUGAAGUCCUGAGCAAGCAGAGAGAACACUCCGCAGAAGUAAUAAACAGGCUACACGAGCAUUUUGAACCAAUCUUGAAGAAAUCGGGCAUUGAAAUCAAUUCAACUCUUUAGAUAUAUUUAAGUAUCUUAGCAAUAUAUUUUAGCAAUUUACAGAUUUACG